UAUAUAUAUAUACCCCCGCUAGACUCGUGGUGGAAAAGUUCUUGAGCGGUAGCUCAACUCCAUUUCUCUCGCGCAUCGACUCUCUCGCUUCGAUCGCGGAUUCCCCAAAAUCGAUCUCGAGAUGGGAACUCGGGGCGGAGCUCUUGCGGUGGCGAUCCUGCUCUCGGUGCUGUUGCAUCAGUCGAUCCUCCUCGCGUCGGCCGAUGGAUUGGUGAGGAUCGGGCUGAAGAAGCGCCCGAUCGAUGAGAACAACAGGAUCGCGGCGCGGCUCGUGGAGAAGGAGGAGGGGCCGCUAUUGGCGGCGAGGAGGUACGGGCUCCGAGGGGCGCCUCUCAAGGAGGGGGAGGAGACGGACAUCAUCGCGCUUAAGAACUACAUGAACGCCCAGUACUUUGGGGAGAUCGGGAUCGGCACACCGCCGCAGAAGUUCACGGUGAUCUUCGAUACCGGGAGCUCCAACCUCUGGGUUCCUUCCUCCAAGUGCUACUUCUCGAUUGCAUGCCUUUUCCACACCAAAUACAAGUCGGGCCGAUCAAGCUCCUACCACAAGAAUGGAAAAUCUGCAAGUAUUCACUAUGGAACUGGAGCAAUUUCAGGCUUUUUCAGCACAGACCAUGUUAAAGUUGGUGACCUUGUGGUUAAAACUCAGGAUUUUAUUGAAGCAACAAAGGAGCCCAGCGUUACUUUCGUGGUGGCAAAAUUUGAUGGUAUUCUUGGACUUGGAUUUCAAGAAAUCUCUGUUGGAAAUGCUGUUCCAGUGUGGUACAACAUGGUCGACCAAGGACUCAUCAAGGAGCCUGUUUUCUCUUUCUGGUUUAAUCGUAAUGCUAACGACGGGGAGGGAGGUGAGAUAGUGUUCGGAGGUGCUGACCCUAAUCAUUACAAGGGCAACCAUACAUAUGUUCCAGUGACUCAAAAAGGUUAUUGGCAGUUUGAGAUGGGUGAUGUCCUCGUUGGUGGCCAGAGCACUGGAUUCUGCAAUGGAGGUUGUGCAGCAAUAGCAGAUUCUGGAACUUCUUUGCUUGCUGGUCCCACGACCAUUAUUGCUGAGAUUAACCAGAAAAUUGGAGCUUCUGGAGUUGUGAGCCAGGAGUGCAAAGCUGUUGUUGCUGAAUAUGGACAACAGAUUCUACAAAUGUUGCUUGCAGAGGUUCAACCAGGGAAAAUCUGCUCAAGUAUUGGUCUUUGCACCUUUGAUGGUAAACAAGGAGUCAGUGCCGGAAUUGAGAGUGUGGUGAACAAGGACACUCGGAGAUCUGCCGCUGGUCUGAGUGAUGCUAUGUGCAAUGUUUGUGAGAUGGCGGUCGUAUGGAUGCAGAACCAAAUCAGCCAGAAUCAGACCCAGGAGCUCAUAUUUAACUACCUCAACCAGCUAUGCGAGAAACUCCCUAGCCCCAUGGGAGAGUCAUCUGUUGACUGCAGUAGCGUGGCCUCCAUGCCUGAUAUCUCCUUCACAAUUGGUGGGAAAAAGUUCAGCCUCAAACCAGAACAGUACAUCCUUCAAGUCGGCGAGGGAUACGCAGCACAGUGCAUCAGCGGAUUCACGGCCUUGGACGUCCCUCCUCCUCGUGGCCCUCUCUGGAUCUUGGGUGAUGUCUUCAUGGGAGCUUACCACACUGUCUUCGACUACGGCAACAUGAGAGUCGGGUUUGCGGAUGCAGCGUAAACCCAGUUACACACUACCACACUACCCCUAUGCAUAUCGAAACUUUGAAUUUCUGGUUUGGCUUUCACAUGUUUAGUAGCUAUAAAAGCAGCCCAUGUAUAUAUAAACAUAAAGCUGGAUUUAGAUGCUUUGCGUUAUCUUAGAGGUCGUACUGCAAAGCUCCGUCGACAGUUUGUGGUUCUCUUUUUCGUAAAGUUUUAUAUGGGCACAGAAACAAUAUAACUUACACAACUAAGCUUUGUUCUUCUGUUUUCUG